CGGCGCACAGCACACGUAGUCACGUGAGUUGGAAGGCUCCGAGACGGCGGAUCUGAGCCUGCGCCAGUUCCUCAGUCACUUUGGGCUCCACCCUACGCUUCCAUCGGGGCGACUGGCACUGAGCGGAUAGGCGCAAGUGACAAAAGGCCUUUGCCUUGCCAAAGUGACAAUCUACAUUUCAGUCAAUGAUGAACACGCAGGUUGUCCUGUAAAGCCACGAAGCCCGAGCGAGCAGCGGGUAGGCUCCCCGGAGCGCCACCCUGCCGGGCGCCCCGCCCCAUUGCUCUCAUUGGUCAAAGCCACGGCUCGGCAGCCCUGCGAUUGGCCAGAGCGGAAGACGGCCGCGUCCAAUGGGCGGCGGCGCCGGCUUUCCCGCGGCUGUUCGCUGUUCGAAUGGGUCGUGGCGGCGGCGGCGGUUGUGGAGUGUAACGGUCGCCCUGCGCCGGAGCGACGAUGGCGGCCUUAGGGCCUGGAGGUUACGCGCGGAACGAUGCAGUCGAGAAGCUGCCAACUGUCAUGGCGGGAGUUCCGGGGCGGAGGACACAGUCCUCUCCGCCCCCCGCUCCACCGCCCUGCCUCCGGCGGCGGACGCGACCCUCAGCGGCGCCUGAGGACUCGGUGCAGAACCGGGUGUCACUCGAGAAGGUGCUCGGCAUCACCGCCCAGAACAGCAGUGGCCUAACCUGUGACCCCAGCACGGGCUAUGUGGCCUACCUGGCAGGCUGCGUGGUGGUGAUUUUGAACCCUAAGGAGAACAAGCAGCAACACAUUUUAAAUACUGCCAGGAAAUCUCUGAGUGCUCUGGCCUUCUCCCCUGAUGGCAAGUACAUCGUGACGGGUGAGAACGGACACAGGCCCGCUGUGCGCAUCUGGGACGUGGAUGAGAAGAGUCAGGUGGCAGAGAUGCUGGGCCACAAGUAUGGUGUGGCCUGCGUGGCCUUCUCCCCCAACAUGAAGCACAUCGUGUCCAUGGGCUACCAGCAUGACAUGGUGCUCAACGUCUGGGACUGGAAGAGGGACAUUGUGGUGGCCUCCAACAAGGUGUCAUGCAGGGUCAUCGCCCUCUCCUUCUCAGAAGACAGCAGCUAUUUUGUCACUGUUGGGAACCGGCAUGUGAGGUUCUGGUUCUUGGAAGUCUCCACGGAAGCUAAGGUGACGGGCACGGUGCCCCUUGUGGGUCGCUCGGGCAUCCUGGGUGAGCUGCACAACAACAUCUUCUGUGGUGUGGCCUGUGGACGGGGCCAGAUGGCUGGCAAUACCUUCUGCGUGUCCUACUCGGGCCUCCUGUGCCAGUUCAAUGAGAAGAGGGUGCUGGAGAAGUGGAUCAACCUAAAGGUCUCCAUGGCUUCCUGCCUCUGUGUCAGCCAGGAGCUCAUCUUCUGCGGCUGCACAGAUGGGAUAGUCCGCAUCUUCCAGGCCCACAACCUGCACUACCUCGCCAACCUGCCCAAGCCUCACUACCUUGGGGUGGAUGUGGCCCAGGGCCUGGAUCCCAGCUUCCUCUUCUGCAGGAAGGCAGAAGCAGUCUACCCAGAUACAGUGGCACUGACUUUCGACCCCGUCCACCAGUGGCUGUCCUGCGUGUAUAAGGACCACAGCAUCUACGUCUGGGAUGUCAAAGACAUGAACAAAGUAGGCAAGCUGUGGUCGGAGCUCUUCCACAGCUCCUACGUCUGGAACGUGGAGGUGUAUCCUGAGUUUGAAGAUCAGAGAGCUUGUCUGCCAUCAGGAUCUUUCCUGACUUGUUCCUCAGACAACACCAUCCGCUUCUGGAACAUGGACAGCAGCCCUGACUCUCACUGGCAGAAAAACAUCUUCAGCAACACCCUGCUGAAAGUAGUGUACGUGGAGAAUGACAUCCAGCACCUGCAGGACUUGUCACACUUCCCAGACCGGGGCAGCGAGAGCGGGACGCCCGUGGACGUGAAGGCCGGGGUGCGAGUCAUGCAGGUCAGUCCUGAUGGCCAGCACUUGGCUUCAGGCGACCGAAGUGGAAAUCUGAGGAUCCACGAGCUGCACUUCAUGGAUGAGCUGGUCAAGGUGGAGGCCCAUGACGCUGAGGUGCUUUGCCUGGAGUACUCCAAGCCUGAGACGGGACUGACCUUGCUGGCCUCAGCCAGUCGGGACCGGCUGAUCCACGUGCUGAACGUGGAGAAGAACUACAACCUGGAGCAGACCCUGGACGACCACUCCUCCUCCAUCACGGCCAUUAAGUUUGCUGGCAACAGAGACAUCCAGAUGAUCAGCUGUGGGGCCGACAAGAGCAUCUACUUUCGCAGUGCCCAGCGGGGCUCAGAUGGACUGCACUUUGUCCGUACCCACCACGUGGCAGAGAAGACCACUUUAUACGACAUGGACAUUGACAUCACCCAGAAGUACGUGGCUGUGGCCUGCCAGGACCGCAAUGUGAGAGUCUACAGCACCAUGAACGGGAAGCAGAAGAAGUGCUACAGGGGCUCCCAGGGAGAUGAAGGGUCCCUGCUGAAGGUUCACGUGGACCCCUCUGGUACCUUCCUGGCCACCAGCUGCUCUGACAAGAGCAUCUCAGUGAUUGACUUUUACUCAGGCGAGUGCAUUGCCAAGAUGUUUGGCCAUUCAGAAAUCGUAACUGGUAUGAAGUUCACCUAUGACUGUCGUCACUUGAUCACGGUGUCUGGAGACAGCUGCGUGUUCAUCUGGCACCUGGGCCCAGAGAUAACGAGCUGCAUGAAGCAGCACUUGCUGGAGAUCAACCACCAGGAGCAGCAGCAGCAGCAGCAGCAGCAGCAGCAGCAGCAGCACACGAAGCACGGGAAGUGGAACGGCCAGCCCAGACGGGAGACGUAUACAUCCAUGCCCAGUGAGAUUUGCUCCCUGAGCCUUGGGGAGCAGACGGAGGAUGAUCUGGAGGAAGAGUGUGAGCCGGAAGAGCUGAUGAAGACACCAUCCAAAGAGAGCCUGGAUCCAGAUCCUCAGUGCCUGCUGACCAAUGGGAAGCUGCCACUCUGGGCAAAGCGACUGCUGGGAGACGACGAUGUGUCAGAAGGCUCCAGCUUCCACAGCAAGCGCAGCUACCAGCCGCAUGGCCGCUGGGCAGAGCGGGCUGACCAGGAGCCCCUCAAGACCAUCCUAGAUGCCCGGAACCUGGACUGCUACUUCACCCCCAUGAAGCCCGAGAGCCUGGAGGACUCUAUUGUGGAUGCCGUGGAGCCACAGAAUCUAGAGGGCCUGCUGAGCAAAUCAGAGAGUCCUGAGGGGGAUGGCUGUGGGCUUUCCUCCUUCCUGCCCCUACAGAGGGAGUCCUCUGAGGCCAACAAGCUCAUCGUUUGCUCGCUGGAGGCAGAGGUGACAGUCACAGGGACAGGCAGCAGGUACUGCGAGCAGGAGGUCGGGGAGGCAUCUGGAGACCAGCAAGGUGACUCCUACCUCAGGGCCUCCUCUGUCGACUCCAAGGACCAGAGCCCACCCGAGGACUCGGGGGAGUCAGAGACCGACUUGGAGUGUAGCUUCGCCACCAUCCAUUCCUCCCCACCACUGCUGGGCCCGGAGCCGCGGUCUGACAUGAUGGUGUCCCCCACCCCAGGAUGUCCAGGUACCACGGAAGAGCUGGCCCGGCCCGAGGUGCCAGGCAUACCCAGCAGCUCCCUCCCGCAGACGCCGGAGCAGGAGAAGUUCCUCCGCCACCACUUCGAGACGCUUACAGAUGCCCACCCUGAGGAGCUCUUCCACGGAUCACUGAGAGACGUGAAGGCCUCUGAGGCCGAGAACUACUUCUUUAAUCCCCGGCUGAGCAUUUCAGCCCAGUUCCUCUCUCGCCUCCAGAAGACAUCCAGAUUCACCCACACUUUCCCCGCUCGGCUGCCACUGCACCUCAUGAAGUCCCCAGAGGCCAAACUCACAGAGCACAGGGGGAGCCAGUCCAGAGCAGAGCCCGCUUUGAAAGCUGGAAAUGGCUACACCUCCCCAGGCAGGACCAGCGUCCUCUCUGGAGGGAAGGCUGAGGACCCCCACAAGACCAUGGAGGCCUGGUACCCACUGACUCCCGGCCUCACAGGCCUGGCACCCUGGUUCCCCUCUUCUGCACUGCUGCUCACAGACCGGAAUCCUCCCUCACCCACAGCCGUAGGCACCCCAGACCCAGCUCAGGGUCGCCGCAACUCCUCCCCCUGCCCUUACAUGGAGGCCACAGACAACUCCCGUGCCAGGAUGUCACGCAGCAUCUCCCUCGAGGACGGCGAGGACCCUGAUCUGGCUGAGCUGGCCAGGCCCCUCUGCAGACCCUCGUCCGUGGGGGAGCUGGUUGCCCUGAGCCAGGAGCUCCAGGCCAUCACUACCACUGCAGCACCGGAUUCUGACAGUGAGGACCAAGGCCCUGUCCUCCCCUCCUGGGGCAACCAUGAGGCCCGAGCCAACCUGACACUGACCCUCUCAAGCGUCUGUGACAGACUCUUGCUGCCCCAGUCUCUGCUGGAAAUGCCCACCACACAGGAGCCCAUGGCCACCCAGCCUAACGUUACAGCCACUGCAGCCAGCUGCCCAGCCUCCAGCCCCAUGGAUGGGAGCACCCCAAAACUCCACAACUCUGCCUUUGUCUCAAGGCUCCUGACCCCUGAGCUCCCUGCCCACCCCAACAGCCCCCCACCUCCAGAGGCCGGACCUGGGGUCCCUGGAAGCAUCACCUCCCUCCUGGAGCCCUCCCCUGGUGCGCUAGUCCCAGGCAGCCCUGGGCACUGGGGGGGGCCUGGGGUGCUGCCCCCACCUCCCCAUGACCUGAGCACUGUGGGGACUGUGGUACACAGACUGCAGACUGCCUUCCAAGAUGCCCUGGACCUUUACCACCUGAUAGUGUCCAGUGACCAGGUGAGCACCGAGCAGCAGCAGGCCCUGUCUGACCUGACCUCCACCUUCCUCUGGAUCCACAGCCAUUUAGAGGCCAACGACUGGCUGCUGGGGACUGAUGGGGCCUCAGCCCGGGCCCUGCCCAGCCCAGGCCUCCGCUCCCCACCCACACUGUGCCCCCUGGCCAGCCCAGAUCUGCGCGCCCUGCUGGAGCACUACUCAGAGCUUCUGGUGCAGACUGUGCGGAGGAAGGUACGGGGGGACUGAAAGCGGCCGCCCGCCUCCACCUCGGCGCUGCUGUUCCUGAAGAUAUAGGUAUUUAAAGCAAAUAAACUGACGGCUUGGAGGAAUAGUUCCUGGUGCUGUCCUGGCAUCCACAAGGCCCCCUUCGGGUGAAUGCAGGGAGGGAGGGUGAGAGCAACACCCAGGAGCUCCAGUGUGCUGAAGCCAGGCCCUGUGCCAGGACUCGGUUAAUGGGGAACACGGGCCAACGUAUCAAGAAGUGUGGAAACUGCAGUAAUGACCCCAGCGCCUGGCUCCCAUGUCAUUUAUCCCCAGCCUAUCAGUGGUGCCCAGGGAGGGGCCGCCCUUCUUUCCUGGCUCAUUGAUGUCCAAGGACAUGGUGGAGCCACAGCCACCAUGUGCCAGACACUGGCCACCCAUAUACACUCUGCCAUGCCCCCACGCAUGGCCCACACUGGAUCCUAGGGAAUCCAGCCUUUGUCCCCAUCUGUAGCAGUGGCAACUGAGGAGAGACAGGCUCAGCCCGUGGACAAUCCAGGCAGAAUGCCCAGGCCACCCAGCUGGCCCCAGCAGCGUCAGCAUCCCGUGUGCUCCCAGCACUGGCACCAGCUUCCCCAGGCAGCAGGCAUCUGGCCACUGGCACGUCUGCUAAGAAGGCUCUUUGUGACUACUCAAGCCCCAAGGAUCCCAAGUCUAUAAAAGGAAGCCAUUUGGGGGGUGGGGUACUCAGUCUCUCCUAAAGCACAGUCCCACCACACAGCCUGCUGCGGCCUGAACCCCACUUGCCUGAGUUCCUGCUCUGGUGGUCAUAGCCACAGGCAGUGGGCUUGGAGCCAGCAUCUUGCCUGGGUCCAUACUGCUGAGACUCGGACUAGGUCUUCCCAGGCAGAGUCGCACCCUCAACAUGAGGACACAUUCCCCUGCUGCCUCCAUGGACAUCAGCACCUCAGGGGCCACAGAGAUGUUCAGAAGACCCUGCUGGGCCCCGGGUUACUGUCACCUUCUCCAUGUUAGAAGAGUGAGGGCCAGGAUAGGCAGAGUCUGCUCUCGUGGCAUUCACCUUCGAGAGAGUGAAACACUAGGGUUGUAUCUAACCGUAGGUAAGCUGAGGGGACUCACUGGCUGGCUGAGGGUUCAGAAAAGGCCUUUGUGAACUGACAUCUCAACUGAGACUUGAUAGUGGGCAUCUUGGGGAAGUAUCCAGGCAGCCAGGGCAGCUAGUGCAAAAGCCCCAGAGGAGGGGGAUCACAAAUGCGUACGUGUAAGGAAUCACAACAAAGCCAGGACGGCUGGUUAGGGUGAGG